CGAACGACGGCAACAGCAGCUGCGACAAACCGUUUUGAACUUGCUGAGAUACAUUGCUUGCUAAAGAUCUACCCUAAAUUUGGAAUGUCUGAGAUACCAGAGGAGAUUCUGCACACUCCUAAGAGGAGAUGCACCAGAAAGCGUACCUUCUCUGAUGAAAGUUCAUUAUCACAAGACAGCAGCUGCUCCCAAGAAAGUAUUGAAUUGCAUGACUUACAGCCCUUGGUUUUGAAAAUGAUUAAGAGGAGGAAAGAAAACACCUUUCUAGGCUCUGAAGGCUUAAAUGCUGCAAGAGAUUUGGCAUCAAAGUUAAUCAGCAGGAGGAUUAUAACUGCAGCAGGGCCAUUGGAGAAAAUUUGGAUAGCAUGUGCUCUUAGUGAAAUUACAGCUGUUAUUAAAACUCCAUUAUCAGUACAAAAUGAAUUGGUUACACUUACAUUCAUUGUGGAGCAGUUGGAAGAAAUAAUAAGUGAGGAACAGGAAAUACGUAACUCUUGUGUCACACUCAUGAAGUCUUUAGUUGAGACAAACAUUCUUUGCCUGUGUUUUUCUUUGGACCAGUCAGAUGAUGUAGAAAGAUUCCUCAUAAGAGUUUUUGACACUAUGUUUCUGUUAGUUAGAUAUGACAAGGAUUGUGAUACAAAGGAACACAUCUAUGAAAUACUAAGGCAGCUUUGCCAUAAAAUGGCAAUAAACAGAUUUCCUGCACAGUGUGUGGAUAUUGUUCUACAUCAUUUUCUUUAUGAAAAAGUGAAUGAUGCUUUCUUGUUGGCAUACAAAGUAAUUAGCAGUAUUCCAGCUUUUGUGCAAUCUCUAUGUAGAGUUGUGCAUUUACGACUACAUGCUGGCCCAAUUCCAGAAAAUGAUUUUGUAGUUAAUAUUGAUGUCUUUAAUCUCAUUAAGAAGCUGCACAAGCUAAUUCCAAAUAGUAUUGCACCAGUAAUAAGUAGUUUGGAAUUAUGUCUUUGCAGUGAAAAUAAUGAGGAGAAGUUAAAUGCUUUCCAGCUUUUGACACAUUUGUACACUGAAGGAAAUUGUGAGGGAAAGUACAUUUUUCUGUGGAAAGCAUUCUUGGAACGGUUGCAGACAGAUCCUCUGGGGCAGGAAUUUGGCUUAGCACAUAUAUCUGAUUUCCUUAUUAAGAAGCCACUUCUUAGAAAAGAUCUUUUUGAACUGCUGAUGUUUUAUAGCACUAUGCCAGAUGCCAGUUCUCGUGAACAAGUUGUGAAUGAAAUUGUCAGAUCUUCCUUUUAUUAUUUUACAAUCGGUCAAAUGAUUGUAAUCAGUGAUGCUUACUUAGUUGAUAUAGUGGCGUAUCGGAGAUAUGAUGUCAGUGUUUCUGUGAGACAUGCAGCACUCUAUGGAUUGGCAGAAAUGUAUGAACACUGUAGCAGCCAGCAAAAAUUGAUUUCACUUUCAAAUUUCGAAGUAACUGCAAAACUGACCUGGUUGUUGGGAUUAAUUUUAGAAGUUUUUACAAAAGAGACAUCAUCAUGGCGAGAUAAAACAACUGUGCGAUACUUCCUGUACAAUAAAAUGUUGCCAACACAUGUAUGCACCACAGAGAAGAUGAAAUACCUAAUCCACAUGUGGAAUGUAGCAAAUUAUGACUGUGAAGCUAUAUUUCAUUCAGUUCAAAACUUCAGUUGCCUGGUCCAGAACUGACAGAUGACAUGCCCAUACUUGGGGAGAGAACUAUCUAUCCGAAGGAUAUACUGGAUCUCUGA